CUAAGCGCUCGCCGUGCUUUUCUGCGAUGGCGGAGUGGGUAGAAAUCGUAAAGGGUUUAAAGGGGGUGGUUUUAGAUAUUUGCGGCGUCUUGUAUGACAGCGGUGAAGGCGGAGGAGUACCCAUACCGGGUUCUAUUGAAGCGGUAAAAAGGAUUAAGUCUUCAGGUCUAAAACUUAGAUUUUGCACCAAUGAAACACAGGCAACAAGGGAAAAGUUUGUGUGUAAACUGCAGCGUUUAGGAUUUGACAUAUCUAUAGAUGAAGUUUUUGCUCCUGCACCUGCUGUCUGCCGGAUCCUGAAUGAUCGUGGUUUAAGACCUCAUCUUCUGGUUCAUGAUGAUGUUAUUCCAGAAUUUGAUGGAAUUGAAAAGUCCAGCCCAAACUGUGUGGUUCUUGGAGAUGCUGCUGAUAAUUUCUCCUACAGGAAUCUUAAUGAAGCAUUUAAUGUGUUGAUCAGCCUUGAGAACCCAGUGCUUUUUGCAUUAGGAAGAGGACGUUACUACAAAGAAACUGAUGGCUUAAAACUUGAUGUCGGUGUUUAUAUGAAAGCACUUGAGUAUGCAUGUGACAUUGAGGCUGAAGUGGUGGGGAAGCCAGCAAAGAUGUUUUUCAUGUCAGCAUUAGCAGACAUGGGUAUUGAACCACAACAGGCUAUCAUGAUUGGGGAUGAUCUUGUAAAUGAUGUUGGUGGUGCCCAGCAAUGUGGGAUGAAGGCUUUGCAAGUCAGGACAGGGAAGUACAGGCCCACGGAUGAGCUGCACCCAACUGUUAAGGCUGACCUGUAUGUAAACAAUCUAGCCGAAGCUGUGGACAAUAUUCUGAGAGCUCUGGGUAAAUGAAGUUGGUGAAGUUCAAGAAGCAUCCAGCAUGUCCCAGUCUGAAUGGUGCCGUAGAUGCAGCUAAUCUGUGAUUCCAUGACAGCUAAAUUAGCUUAUUUGAUUAACAGUUAGAGCACACAUAACCGUUGUAUAACCCCAUUUUCUUUUUUUCUAGCUCAAAUGUUGGCUGACAGUAAAACGAUUAGCCUAAUGCACAUUCUUUACAGUAAAUAAACAAACAACAGCUAAAAAUGUUUUCAAAAGGACUCUUUGUUUUCAGUAAUCAUUUAUAAUUAGUUGUAUGCUCUUUUAUUUCUUGUCUGGCCUCGCUCUGUUUAGCACCAUGAUCAAAAUCAUGAAACAGGACUUUAUGCAAGUAAUAAGUAAUUCUUUUAGAAUAAAAAUCAGUCAGAUGAUUUUAUAAAAGCAGAUAAAAGAUAAAAUAUGCCAUUUUUCUUUAAGCUCCUAUAUAUCAGAUUGGAGCAGAAAUAAUGAAUGCAUUAUAUGUUUUUCUUUUAUCAUUUUAUGUACUUUUAUGUACUAUAUGCAUUGGGAACAGUUAACAGACUUUCGUUCUUUAGGUAACAGAAAAUAAUGUUUUUAAAGAUGGUCUUAUAAACCUACAGAUAAUGUUAUUAAAGACUAUUUUUACACACUUGAUAUUUUCAGCUGAUACUAGGAAGAGUGCUUUACUAGACCCAUCAAAAGGUGAAUUUGGUUCAUUGGAUUAAAGGAAUGGACACACAGUCAUUAAAUCUUUUCACUCCACAGAAUAACUUCUACUGUGUGGGUGUAAGUGUGACAGCCGAAAGGCAUAACAUGAAUGAAAGGGUUCCAACCCUGAAAAGUAAAAUUAUUUGCAGUUUU